AUGGUGGGUGGGGGGUGGAGCCCUGUGCUGCUGCUGCCUCCCCUGCCCUGGGUGUUGAAAAGCUCUCUGCAGGCCCAGAAGAGCUCGGCUGUUGUCCCGAAAAAGUCCUACGUGCCCACCAGCCGUGGCGAGUACAUUGUCACCAAGCUGGAUGACCUGGUCAACUGGGCACGCAGGAGCUCCCUGUGGCCCAUGACGUUCGGCCUGGCCUGCUGUGCUGUGGAGAUGAUGCACAUGGCAGCUCCUCGCUACGACAUGGACCGGUUCGGGGUGGUGUUCCGGGCCAGCCCCCGGCAGGCUGACGUGAUGAUUGUGGCUGGCACCCUGACAAACAAGAUGGCUCCAGCUCUUCGGAAGGUCUACGACCAGAUGCCGGAGCCUCGCUACGUGGUUUCCAUGGGGAGCUGUGCCAACGGUGGGGGAUACUACCACUAUUCCUACUCUGUGGUGAGGGGCUGCGACCGCAUCGUGCCCGUUGACAUCUACGUGCCAGGCUGCCCACCCACAGCUGAAGCUUUGCUGUAUGGGAUCCUGCAGCUUCAGAAGAAGAUCAAACGGGAGAAGAAGAUCCAGAUCUGGUACAGGAAAUAGCUUCUUAUUUAUGCCCCCCUCCCUGCCCACCACUCGUACGCACAAUAAAUCCACGUUCUCACAAGCCUUCCAAUAAAACUACCUG